AUGCGCAAGCAACUCGAGAGCAAUUUUAACGGCAUGUUCAAAGUGUUUUUCAAAUCAACCCCAGAACAACGCGAUCUGCGUAACCGGUUCGAAGCAAGGAUGAAACAGCUAAUUAAAGAUGAGCAACUACAACAGAAAUUGAUACCGCCCUUUGAAGCAGGUUGUCGUCGUAUAAACCCUGAUGAGGGAUAUCUGAUAACCUUACAGAAGUCAAAUAUGCAACCGAUCUUUGAGUCAAUCAAAAACAUCUGUGCCCAUUGGGUGAUUACUUCUGACGGGCAGGAGCAUCCUGCAGACAUUCUCAUUGCGGUGACGGGACGAGCAGGUUCUCUGGAAGCAACGAGUGACUACUUCAUCCGUCUCUUACGCAAGUUUCUUAGGGAACAAGUCAAGAAGUUCGACGUUCGACUAGAUGCUCAGACUGACUUUGAUAAGCACACGCAAGCCUAUAUGCAGAAUAUGGUCUGGACAGGAACAUACCGGAGAAGCACACUACACUACAUCCAGACUCUCGCAGAGAACAGAUGGGAGGAUUAUGCAUGGGAGUACCAUGGGAACCGUUAUGAUUAUUGGGAACAAGGUCUUUCUUGGAUUGAAGAACCUCUAGCCGAUUCACUGGGCCGUGAUGAAGCUGAGGCUCUACAUUCUUCAACUAUACCAACGAAAGACUCCGAUAUUAGCUUCUAUCUCCGGGAAAGUAGCCCAUUGCCGUCGUCGCUUGGAGUCAAAGACGAGUGCCUACUUGAAGAGUUGGCGAUUGAACAGGUCGUGGAGACAAAACUCUCGGAAAUUAUUCAGCCAAGUGUUCCUACUUCUAUUCCAGUAUAG